AAAAACCCUGUGAGCAGUGCGAUCAGAAUCGGUUUCUGAGCACCUAACAAAACAAGCCAGGAAGUCACCUCACGUGACGGUGCAUGGCCGCACUUGCAAGUUUUGUGUAGUUUCUCUGACACGCUGCUGGAACUGCUUGGAUCAGGAUGUCUGCCAGGGAGCAGGGUGACUUCAAGUUUGUAGAGUUGGGAGAGGAGGCAGUGGAGCAGCAGUCCACAAAACCUGGGGAAAGACUGGAGGAGCCAGUAGAACCAGCCGGGCCAGCGGAGAGGGGUUCUGACACCCAGCCAGAGAAGCCCUCUGAUAGGAAACCCCUUACAAAACCCCACACUGUGCCCGUGAAGAGAGAGCCCAUUGAUAAGCACAAGCUCAAGAGAUUCUUUGUCCUCAGGCCUGGCGCUAUUGAACAAGCAAUUGAAGGCAUUCAAUCCAUGAUGGAUGAAAAGGAAGAUGGAAGUGUUCAAAGUGCCUGGGUUUUAGCUGAGGUGGAUCACUGGAACAAUGAGAAGGAGCGCAUUGUGCUGCUUGCAGAGAACUCCCUCCUGAUCUGCAAGUAUGACUUCAUCAUGCUCAGCUGUGAGCACAUUCAGAGAAUCCCCCUGAACUGCAUCGACCGCAUCUGUCAUGGGGAGUUCACCUUCCCACAAAAGUCUCUCGACAAGAGAGAAGGGGAAGGACUGCGCAUUCUCUGGGACAGACUGCGGGAGCCAACCUUCGUGUCUCGCUGGAACCCUUUCUCAGGGGACUUUCCAUUCUGCACCUUCACCGAGCACCCAGUGCUGGAGGCCAGCGAAAAGUUCACUAAGAUGUGUGCGCUGGACCAAUUCAGAGAUCAGCUGACGCAGGCAGCUCAGAGAGCUCAUGAGAAGAAGCCGGUCCCCGGCAAAGCCAACGGAGUCCUUGUGCUGAAGCAGCCCAUCCUCAUAGAGACCUAUGUGGGGCUCAUGUCCUUCAUUGGAAACCAGAACAAGCUGGGGUACUGCCUGGCACGAGGGAACAUGGGAUUCUAAAUGCAGUGCCACCACGCCUUGGCAUCUUCUGUACCAAUCAUAAAUACAGCAGAACCUCAGUGUUAUGAACACGUUGGGAUUGUGGGUUGUUCGUAAGUCUGAAAUGUCCAUAACUCUGAAAACUGAAUUUUCAGUGGUUUUAUUAAAUGUGCACACCUGCUAUCUACACCCUCAAUCUGGCAAAUAAUACAAGGAUACAAUACAGUACUUGUAUACUUUGAAACAGUACUAUAAAUGGAAAAAAAGGCUACAUUUAAGUUACCAUUGAAAUCAUAACUAGCAAAAACACAAAUUUAAACAUCCAUGAAAACCUGGGUUAACGUAGUGCUUGUUUUAAACAAAAUGCAUUUGUGCAGCUUGGCUCCUUUGGCUUGGAAAAAAAAAAUGUGUUUAAAACUACAAUGUUCCUAGUAAAAUUGCUUUACUUGCUUUGAAAUCUCCCUCACGUUUCUGGAUACAUUUGUUGAUACAGUAAUUCUGCAUUCUGUGACCAGCACGCGCUUACAGGAGUGCCUAUCUGGUUGCAUUGCACGCAUGGCUGAGUGAUGCAUAAUUCCGGUUGAAAGUGGGGGUUAGGUAGAGCGGUCAGUUCGUAACUCUGGGGUUCUGCUGUAUAUAAAUACAUUAAACCUUUUGAUUUUUUUUCA